CACUGCUGACACCAGAACACUUACCUGAGAAACUCAUAACUUAAUCGCAAGAUUGUUGUUGCCUUUCGUUUCGGCGAACAAGAAUAGUUUACUUGUCAAUUUCGCCUCACAACCACGCGUGGAUCUCAUAUUCUCUCUAGUUCUCACAGCUUCUCGAAAGAUGAAGAUUUUAUAGCAAAUUCAAGAUUAGCCAGUUCACUUUUGGCUUUAAUUUUUCAUUCUACUGAGAUUUUGGUUGUUUUCUUGGCAUUUUUAGGCAAAAUGGCUUGGAAAUAUAAAGCUGGGUUAGGAUUGAUUGGCACGGUUGUGUUCAUAUGGGUUGCUUCUGCAGAGGUCACUCAGUCUUUUUAGGUUCUCAUGCGUCUUAUUUCCUACAGAACAUCUUUGAAAAGUAUAAACAGCCGUUCGCACUCACGUAUCUUGGGGUGUCUCUUAUGGUGGUCUAUCUACCCAUAGCGUUUAUAAAAGACUGGUUCUGUAGUUUAUUUCACACUUACUUGCUCAAGGACAUCUACGGUGGCAGCUCUAUUACUAGCUCUUCUACUGGACUUGAUAUCCCCCUUACAACCAAUGAUAUGUACCAAGGCCCAGAAACUGAAGCCAGUUGCUGCCUAGUAACUGACAAAGAUCCUCUCAGUCAAAGGGAGGAGGGGUGGCCUGUGAUCGUGAAGAAGGGCGACGAAGAACCUCCCUUACUUGAACGGCAUUGCAAAGCUAGUUCAUGGGAAGUUGCCAAGUGCAGUUUAUGUCUUGCUCCAAUCUGGUUUGUGGCAGAGUAUCUAUCCAAUUCAGCUUUAGCAAAUACAAGUGUUGCAAAUACAACUGUCUUGACUUCUACUUCGGCACUCUUUACUCUUUUCUUUGGAGCUCUUCUUGGCCAGGACUCCAUAAAUGCUGCCAAGUUGGUUGCUGUGUUUAUCAGCAUGGCUGGUGUAGCCAUGACCACAGUUGGAAAAACUUCAGCAGCAGACGAAAUGUUAAGCGUCUCUGAGGCAAGAAGGCAUUCAAUCAUGGGGGACAUAUUUGGCCUUUUCUCAGCAAUAUCAUCUGGUUUAUUUGCAGUACUGCUCAAGAGAUGUGCUGGAUCAGAAGGCGAGAAGGUUGAUAUGCAAAAAUUCUUUGGCUACAUUGGUCUUUUCACCCUUCUUGGUCUUUGGUGGCUUUUGUUUCCACUGAAUGCUGUGGGGAUCGAACCAGCUUUCAGGUUUCCACAUUCAACAUUUGUUGGUGAAGUUUUGCUGUUAAAUGGCUUUGUGGGGAGUGUUCUGUCAGAUUACUUGUGGGCACUUUCUGUGAUUUGGACGACUCCACUAGUUGCAACAUUGGGCAUUUCCUUGACAAUACCGCUUGCAGUGGUGGCUGACAUAGUUAUACAUGGCCGUCACUACUCUGCAACCUACAUCUUAGGAUGUAUUCAGGUUUUUGCAGGUUUCAUUAUAGCCAACAUUUCAGAUAAAUUUUCACUCAAGAGAGAGUUAUAGAAACAGCAACAGCAGCAGCAACAGCCAUGAACUGUUCUAAGAACAUGAUCCUGUAAAUGGGGAGAGCAUACACCAAAAUCUUGAAGAAUGCACUGUUAGCUCUCCUGUUUUAGAGUGUUCAGAUAAAUAAUAGUUGGCUUUUUAUGAGCUGCCUGCUACACUAGACUCUUGUAUUCGCUUGGCUAAUGCAGUUAUGUAAUGGAAUUCCAUCUGAAUUACAAUAAAUUGCAAAACCGCCGCAUAAUGGUUCUUAAACUUUCAA